AUGACAGGCACGGCGACUGUCAAUGGCACCUCAGAUGGAGCGACUCAACUGCCUUUCGACACCAGCAACGUUCUCCGGGCGUUGGACCUGAUACACAAUCCUUCAACAAAAAACGACAUUCGACGACAGGCAUCAGAUUACCUGGAGAGCCUCAAAGUGAGCAGCGAGGCGCCUCAGUAUGGAUUCACUCUCUCCACAGAUCGAUCACAGCCCCCGCUGGUUCGCCAUUUUGGCCUGUCGCUCCUGAGCCAUGUUAUCCGGCACGAGGGUCACAAUCUUUCUGAAGAACAAAAUGUUCAACUUCGGAACUGUGUGCUUGACUUGGGCCAAUCCAUCCAGCCGGCAGAUCUAGCUUUCAUUCGCAAUAAAGUUGCCGAACUUUGGAUUGAACUUGCCAAGCGAAGCUGGGCCCUGGAUUGGUUCGACUUAGACGAACAGUUGGUGAAGCUUUGGUUUCAGGAUCUCGUACACAAGGACUUUGUCCUGACCGUCUUGGAGAGCUUGUCCGAAGAUGCCUUCGUUCGCGAUGAUAGCAUUGCUAUACUGCGCGGACGCGACCUCAACUCUGCGCUCGUGGAAGUCUUCACGUCCAGCGCCAACUACACCGGCGGGAUCAAGUCCGGAGAUACGGUCCACCAUGUGCGGUGUGGCGAGGAUGGCUGGUUGGUGCGCAUCAAGCAGUUUUUGGAUGAAUAUAACGGAGGCCAAACUACGGGCGCGGCCAAGGACACCGUGUUAAAGGCUCUUGCUACGUUGCGGUCGGCUUUCCUGUGGGUAAUGACUCCCGCGAUCGUGCAUUCUUUGGCUCUGGCUGCAACCUGCAACUUCCUUACCCAGUCAGAUGCAGAUCUUAUCCUUGCAGCUGUCGACGUUCUACUCUCACUCUACGGACGCCCACGCAUGGAAGAGGUCGAAGUACAAGCACUCGUGCAUCCUCUUGUGCAGCCGGAGAGCAUUUUGUCCUUCCAACGUUUGUAUUCAUGGUCUGUGGUCUCAGUCGACGAGAUCGACAGCAGCAACUAUACCAUCUCCAAGAAAUUGUCGGAACUCAUGUCCCUCUUGUCAGAUCACAUGUGUCAGUAUGUACCACCGGACGCAGGGAGUCUCAACCUGGAUCCUUUCCUGCACUUGCUCACUGCCAUGGCCGAGCACGAGAGUCUGAUAGUGUCAAUUCCGGUGGUUCACUCUUGGGUCAGACUAUUGGAGGUACCAUCUUGGAGGAAAGCACCUGUCGUCCAGCAGUGUGUUGGGCCCCUUCUGCAAGUAGCGUCACAACGGCUCAUUCAAUACGACCAACUUCCUGAAGAUGCUCAGAAUCCCGUGGUGAUCUUCGUCAAUGAGGAAAUCGAACUCUUUCCCGAGCGACAAGGCUUUUACCUCAAUUAUCGAAAACUCUGCUCGGCUGUUGUCGAGUGGAUUUGUUAUGCCCAACUUGAGGAGGCCAUGCAGGCGGUUUUGAGGAGAGCCGAUGAACUCUUGGAUGAAGUCCAAGCUUUUGAACAACAACUUGAUCUGGACAACUACCAGAGGCUCUCCAUGAACGUCCUCAAAGCCGACGCCUAUUUCGCCAUGAUCGAUGCCGCCUUCAAGGGACUUGACCGUUGGCAGAAUACGCAUCGUGACAAUCUAUCAGCAGAACAAGAGCAAAUGGGUCAAAGAGUCCGAGAAGCUUCCAAGGCUUGGAUGCUGGAUAUGAUGAGCCAAAGAGACUUCCGGGACCCUUUGAUCAGAGAACGCCAGAUCAAGACAGCAGUUGAAGUUUCUAACAGAGCCCUACAAAAAGAUACAGGCUUCGCCUUUAACGUUCUGGAACAUAUCCUCUCCUCUUUUAUUAUCAGUAAUCAGCAGAAUCAGGUGUACCUUGAGGCUGUGAACGAAUUGCAUGGUUAUGCUACGUCUGAAUUGAGGCGACUUUCGUUGCAACACGCAGAUUACUUUGUCACCUUUUACGACCAACUCCAAUCGAAAUUCACCGACCUUAUCAACCAACUGGGUGCUGAGGAACGAUUGCAGAUUGACCUUGAGUCCACUCUCUUUUCAGUGAUACAACGUGCAACGGCGGUGGAUUAUGCUGAUCGACAAGCCAGACUGCAGGAGUUCCUCCAGCCAAUUUCCGCCGCUUGGGCCAGUGAAAGCGUCCAGGAAUCGCUCCAAAGCUUCGAAUCCUUUGUUCACUCUCAAGCUUUUGAUCGGGUAGGGCCCUAUUUGGCUUCACUCCGCGCAAACGAAGCUGAAGACUGGUCAUUGGUCCCGUACGACAAUCACGGGCUACAACUUCAACAAGACAUGGCGACCGGCUAUGCCAAACUGCCGUUGAGGAGAUCUAGGAUACUUCUCUCCAUAUCAACGGAAAAACUUGAAGAAGGCUCGAGUCUACAUAAGAUGGCGUGUGAUUUGUGGUCGCCUAUGACCUCGAAUAUGCUCAGCCACGUUUUGCGGCUCACGAGCUACAACCACCGACUGCAUGAUACUGCUUCGUGGCCAGGCGUGACGCCACAAAUGGAACCGGCCAUCCAGCGUGUUCUUCGCGACCGGUAUUGGCAGUCUGGUAUUUCUGCCGGAUCCGUGAGUGAAUUCCACAGCAAGGUCAAAUCGACCAAGUCGACUCUCGAAGGGUUCGCGUCGUCGGUACGCGGUCGCAUUCGGCAAAAUCUAGAGCAAUGCUACAGCAUUCUCCAUACGUUGGGCCGACUAGGCCCGGCUUUUUACAGCAUGCAGCAACUUCCGGAGAUGAUAGCCGAGGCCGCCAUUGAUACAGCGGCGCCGCUGAGUCCUCAUCACUUUUCCGUCCUCAUUCAGAUGCUGCCCAAACUGAUCGACGAAUGCCCGCCAGAGAACCGACAGCAAUUCCUGACACCCAUUUUGGCCUCGCUCCUGCAACAAAUGGACGCAAAGCUCUCGACUGAGUGGGUCAAGAUGAACGAGAGAAAACAGAUCAAACACGAAGAAGAAAACCUCGGCGAGGAGAUGCGUGACGACGCCGUCCUCCGCGCGACGAAUUACAAGGCUGUCAACCUGGUGUCUCAUUGGUUGCACCCCAAACGAGAGCAGGACCUCAGCAGCAAAAAGGCAAUCGUCAACGGCAGCUACCUGACGCAGGGAAACCGGCAGACCAUGCGGGACUUUCUCCUGUCCAACAUCAACAUCCUCGACCGCCUCCUUGUCUUCAUCACGCAUUCAAUUGCUUUCCGCGACACGAGGUCGUGCUCUACCAUGCUAGAGACCGCCCGGCGCAUUGUCCCCGAGUUUGCGUUCGAUCGUUUCAUUUCCGGGCAAGAAGCAGUGGCCGUUCGCGAAUUCAUUUCCACAGAAAUGCUCAAAACGGCAAUUACGUGCUUGAACGACGGGUACUUUGCAGAUCAACAACAGUACUACGCUCAGCUCAUUGCGAUCAUCUGGCUUUCGUACGGCCUGCCAGUUCAUGUACCGGCGAGUGAGGGCCAACCGGCGCACGAUCGACCUCCUCUGACCCAGACACCACGGAAUGUGAUCCUGAGUCUGCCCGGCAUGACGGAGGACAAGGUCGACCAGGCCGCUGCAAAGUUGGCCCAUGAGGGGCUGGGGGGCCGCUCCAAGAAGCUCCGAGCAAUCAUCUUGUCGUUGCUAGAAGGUGUGAGAGGCGUGAGACUCAGCGAACUCGGAAAGAUCGACAUGCGACAGCAACGGUCGAAGAUUCUGGAGAAGUACAAACAGCGCGAGUUGUUGGAUAUGCACGGCGUGGAGGGAGACAGAAAGCCCGUCGAGGAUGAUGGAGUCGACCUCGGCGGAUUAGCAGCCAUGUUUUCGAGCUAG